CCGACUCCCAAAAAACUCAAAAUCCCCAAAUUCCCAAAAAUUGCACACAGAGCGCCAGAAACUUGAUUUCAACUGAAAAUAAUCUCAGAAAUGGCGCUUUUGCUCUGCCCUUUUUCUUCCCCCUCUCACCCUCACAUUCUUCCUCCCAUCCAAUCUCGAUCUCGAUUUCACUCUUUUUAUCUCUCUAUCUCUUUCGUCACCUCUUCAAUCCCCUGAACCAUGACGGAGAAUAAGAUCUUUGUGAGGGUGACGAGAGCGGCGGCGAAAAGAAAGGCUAUGGUCACGGAGGAGGAGCGAGUCAAUAAGAAGAGAGUUGUGCUCGGCGAGCUUCCGAAUGUGUCUAACGUCGCCGUCUCUGCCAAUCUCAAUCAGAAAAGAGAGAUCCCGAAGCCCAGAAAGAGUCUCCGAGUUCCAGCGAAGCAGAUAAAGAUUGCUCCGGUGGCUUUGGCUGCCGCGGAAUCAGGAUCUGACAUUGAUGCUCGAUCUGAUGAUCCCAAGAUGUGUGGACCUUAUGUCACCGACAUCUACGAGUAUCUCCGUGAUAUGGAGGUGAAGCCAAAACAAAGACCUUUACCAGAUUAUAUCGAAAAGGUUCAGAAAGAUGUAACUCCAAGCAUGAGAGGUGUUUUGGUUGAUUGGUUAGUGGAAGUUGCUGAAGAGUACAAACUCAUCUCUGAAACACUUUACCUCACUGUCUCUUACAUCGAUAGAUUCUUGUCCUUAAAGCCUGUCAACAAGCAAAGGCUUCAGCUUGUGGGAGUUUCCGCGAUGCUUAUUGCUUCGAAGUAUGAAGAGAUAAGUCCUCCUAAAGUUGAAGAUUUUUGUUACAUCACGGAUAACACAUUUACUAAACAAGAUGUGGUGAAGAUGGAGGCAGAUAUACUUCUCGCGCUUCAAUUCGAAUUGGGAAGGCCUACAAUCAGUUCUUUUAUCAGACGGUUCACAAGGGUUGCUCAAGAAGAUUUCAAUGUGCCACACUUGCAGCUAGAGCCUCUCUCUUGCUACUUAUCAGAACUGAGUUUAUUAGAUUACAAAACUGUAAAGUUUGUGCCAUCGAUGUUGGCUGCUUCUGCUGUCUUUCUCGCUCGGUUCAUCAUCCGUCCCAAACAACAUCCUUGGAACCAGAUGCUAGAAGAGUACACAAAGUACAAAGCGGCUGAUCUGCAAGUGUGUGUGGGAAUCAUACAUGACUUGUAUCUGAGCAGAAGAGGACCUGCCUUACAAGCUGUUAGAGAUAAAUACAAGCACCACAAGUUUCAGUGCGUUGCGACCAUGCCUGUAUCACCUGAGCUGCCGAUUACCUUUUGGGAGGAUGUUACCAUUUGAUCCGAGCCAAGUCUUUCUUUUUGCUGAGGUUCUGUUACCUUUUAGCAAAAUGUAACUGAGUUCGAUUUUAUAAAACCAAUCUCAUUACAGACUCGUGGGUCAUGUAGUAUUAUAGUAUACAGAUCAAUAGCUGAAGCUGGUGUAGUAAGACCUAUUGAAGUGAAGACGGCAAUAAAUGUGUGCUUAUUAUGAUAAAGAUGUGUGAUGUAGUAAUUUCAAAUAUUAUGUUGUAUACAAAAGUAGUACUGUAUGUUUUUCUCAGAAUAAUGCAAAAACAUUCAAUGCAAUAUGAUUUUAUGUUAUGUAUAUUUGUAAGAUGAAUUUAUUUUGUUUAAGCCACCUUAUGAGUGUUACUAAAACUCCAAAAGUCAUUAGAAAUCAUUUACAGGAUUAAUUCAUUGUUUGUAACUCUCUUGGUGAACUAAAAACCUCUUAAGG